AUGUAUGAAGACUGGAACAGAGAUGUGUUAAACAGGGCUGGGCGAGCUCAUAGCAGGAUCCACACUGGAGAGAAGCCCUACAGCUGUGACCUCUGUGAUAAAACCUUUAGCAAUGCUCGCAGUUCCAUGGUUCACCGCAGAAUCCACACUGGAGAGAAGCCCUACAGCUGUGACCUCUGUGGUAAAACCUUUAGCAAGGCUGGCAAUUUCAGAAAGCACAUGAGGAUCCACACUGGAGAGAAGCCCUACAGCUGUGACCUCUGUGGUAAAACCUUUAGCCAAACUGCCCAUUUCAGAUCUCAUAGCAGGAUUCACACUGGAGAGAAGCCCUACAGCUGUGACCUCUGUGGUAAAACCUUUAGCCAUGUUGGCAAUUUCAGAUCUCAUAGCAGGAGCCACACUGAAGAGAAUCCCCACAGCUGUGACCUCUGUGGUAAAACCUUUAGUCAGGCUGGCACUUUAAGAGCUCAUAGCAGGAUCCACACUGGAGAGAAGCCCUACAGCUGUGACCUCUGUGGUAAAACCUUUACCCAGGCUGGCACUUUAAGAACUCAUAGCAGGAUCCACACUGGAGAGAAGCCCUACAGCUGUGACCUCUGUGAUAAAACGUUUACCCAUGCUAAUAGUUUGACAGUUCAUCGCAGAAUCCACACUGGAGAGAAGCCCUACAGCUGUGACCUCUGUGGUAAAACCUUUAGCUCUGCUGGGAAUUUCAGAGUUCAUAGCAGGAUCCACACUGGAGAGAAGCCCUACAGCUGUGACCUAUGUGGUAAAACCUUUAGGCUUGCUGGGAGUUUCACAGCUCAUAGCAGGAUCCACACUGGGGAGAAGCCCUACAGCUGUGACCUCUGUGACUAUUCAGGUAAAACAAAUGACCAUCUGAAGAGGCACCUGCGUGUCCACAGUAGAAACCCCCCAGAACAGUGAUGUCUGGGCCCAAGCUGUCCCAGCAGUCACCACCUGAGAGGAUUUCUAUAUGACCCACAGAUGGAAGAACUACGGCCUACAACAACAAAGUCCCAAAUCCUCUGCUGUUAGUCUGCUCCUCCCAAGGGUUCUUCUAUUUUUUCUCUAAUUUUCCUUGUCAUCCUUAAGGGAUUAGGAUGGCUGAGGGGCAGUUCUAUGGGCGUACAUGAAGACCUCUUUGGUACUGCUUGUAUCAAGGGCUAUACAAAUAAAAUUGAUUUGAAUUUGAUGAUCAGUCGUCCAAUGCACACUGAUCUUCAUCCAUUGUUGAAGAAUACGGACGCACUUCCCUGUAUUUACAUUUGCAAGUAAAGGGUCAAGA